CACUUUCUGCAACACCUUCAAAUGUUAUUAAUGCAUUUAGUCAACCACAACCACCUUUAUCGUUUGGAUUUCAAUCGCCUGCUUUCGGACAACCAUCAUUUGGUGUACCGGGGUUUGGAACACCAUCUCAUUUUCCGAAACCGGCUGCACUUAAUGCUCCAAGUGGUGGUGAUUUCGCUCGUUACUCAAG